AUGGGCUCAACACAUGGGAUGUCCAAGUCCAGUUGCUCAGAGGGUUCGAACGGUACAAAAGGACCACCAAUGAUGGCGGGCGCCGGGCAAAAGCCGCUACCGCUGCCUAAAAAGAUGCAGCAUGCGAAAAGGAAAGACCCUCGUUUCCGAAAAUAUGCUUUCCUCGAGAGCUUCUUCCCCGAAGUAUGCAGCAAGCUGCGAUUCCUGUUCCUCUGUAAAAGCGACCCACGUAACGCAUACCUCAGAAUAAAACCCUCAACCGCGGAGGUUAACUCGGAAACUUACACCGUGGUAUACUCGACGACCCUUCACUUGAAGAAAAUCGACAAGAAGUUCACUUUCGCGAGGAUCUUCGACCGUGACACGUCGCAGGCCGAUUUAUUCGAUCGCAGCGUGCGUCAACGCGUGGUAGACUUCCUUCUGGGAGAAAGUUCAACGAUCGUGGCCUAUGGAGCCUCCAAUUCCGGGAAGACGUACACGCUGUACGGGACGGCCGAGUCGCCUGGAAUUUUUCCGCGAAGCAUCGAAUUCCUGUUCUCCUCGGCGAACUGCACAUUGGUGCCAUGGUACAAAGCCACCGACGACAACCAAGUCGUUGCUCUGGUCGAGAACGAGCAGCUGCAAGAGGAGCAAAGCAAACUGAGAGUGCUAAGAUCGAGCAUGCUCGGGAAAGACGAAUUCGCGCAGGCUCGAUCAUCCCUCGACAAUUCCGCUCCUCUGAUUCCAGAAUCGGAGGAACGAGAGUUUUAUGGAGCUGAAUCUAUGUGCUCCGUUUGGCUGUCGUUCGCUCAGAUCUACAACGACAACGUUUACGACCUCCUGGUCGUCAACGAUCGAGAGAGAUGUCCCCUGAAGCUGACAACGCGCAGGGACGGUUCGACCUACGUGAAAGGCUUGAAGUCCGUUCACGCGAUCACAGGUCUGGAGGCCUGUCAGUGGCUGAUCUUGGCGCAGUCGAGGAUGGCGGUGGCUACGACGGAGUUGAACGAUUCGAGCUCCAGAUCUCACACCUUCGCGAUAGUGAGGCUGCUGAAGUACCAGAAGAAGAACGCACCGAACGAGGUGCAAGUCAGCACGUUGACGUUCUGCGACGUGGCUGGCGCAGGCCGCUUCAAUAGGGUCAAAGAGACCAGCACCAGCCUCACGGAGACGACGAGUAUAAAGAACAGUUUGCUCGUGCUUGGAAGAUGUUUGAAAAGCGUGUGCGGCAGUGACCAAGCCGUCGCGCCUUUCCGCGAAUCGAAGCUGACGAGGAUCCUUCAGAACGCUUUAACUGGUCGAGAGAACAUCAGCUUCAUGGUUACCGUCGACGUUGAAAGCAAUUUCUCCGCGGAGACGCUGAACGCUUUAAAUAUUUCUAACAUUGCUAGAAGGCUGGGGGGUGGAUUCAGGGUGGAUUUAAAACGAGGCUCAGAGGUGACGCCACGGUGUCCGAAAAUGGCCUUCCUGCCCCCUAUCCUGCACACUCCAGAGAAAACUGUCACUCUCGAAGAGCACGAGGCGCUUAAACGACAGAACCAGAGACUUAUCGAGGAGCUGGAAGCUUUGAAAGUUGCCACGUCGAGGCACAAGGUCGACAAACAAUCGCAGACUGAUUCGUUUAACCCCUGCGAGGACUUGCAGGAACAGAACGAGAUAUUGACGAAGAAACUCGAAGCUUUGGAACGCGAUCGAGUGGAGCACGAAUUGAAUAUUCGACGAGAAUUGAUGGACCAGUGUUUGAAGGCUACCAAGGAUCUGGAGGACUCCUGGAAGAAACGCGUCCAGGAAAUCGAAUUCGAAGGACGGGACUUGCUGAAGUGGUCGGUGGAUCACGUGGAAAUGUUUUACAAGGAACGCAUCAGCAAUCUCAUGCACGGCAAGAAGAGGAGGAGGAGCGACAGCGGCGAUGAUAGAUCGAUCUACGAGGAUCUCGAAAGUGAAAACGCGCAGAUUACUUCGAAAGCGAUAGCUCUUAAGGAAAUGGUGAGCAGUUUGAAGUCCGAGAACGAGGCUCUCGUCACGGAGAGGAAUAAAUGCAGCUUCGAGCUCGCCUUUGUUAAAAAGAAACUGAUAGAUUUUCAUAAUAUCAUUCGGAACUUCCCUGGAUUCUUCCUGAACGUUGAAGAGAAAAUGAAACGCGAGUGUUUGAACGAAACAGUGGACAGCUGCGGUGAAGAAGCCAGGAUGGAAGAAGAAUUACGCGAAACUCUAUUGGCGUGGGAAGAAACUUCAGGUAGAGCGAAAGAACUCGAAGAUGAAUUGUGCGAGAAGGUGAACCUCGCGGAGAGUUUGCAACUCCAGGUGGAGUUGUUGAAGAAGGAGAUGGCAGAAUUAAAGGAGUGUCACGCCAAUUGUGAGAAAUACAAGUUCGUCGAUGACUCGGCUCGCAAAUCCUCCUCGGUUUACAACGACUUCUUCUGCAGUGGCGACGUUCGGGAGUCUGACUUGGUGACGCAAGCCCACGUGGACACCAAACUGGAGCACUACUUUAAUUUCGACUCUAAAAAGAAGAAAAUCUCUUUGAACGACUCGUGCACGGACAGGUGCUUCGAGAACAUCGAGAUCACCGAGCCAACUAUCAGAUCCCACUACGACAGCAUGAAAGAAGACUCUGGCAUCGACUCCAGCUGCAGGAGUCGCAGAUCGACCAGCGUCAGCGACAGUUUGAUGCUUCAAGAGUCCAAGGAAACUUCCUUUCCCUUGGAAGAAUCUCUUUCCUUCAAAAAUCAGAGUUCGCUGCGCGAGCAACUAGAGGCAUUGUCUCUGAAAUGUAGAACGGAACAUCUUCCCAAGAUCGAGGAAUUGGAAAAUGAAGCGUCGGCGAAAACUUUGGAGCUGAACGAGCUGAAGGACAGACUCGCAGGAGCGCAAAGCGAUCUGUCCAGGGUGCACCAGCUGCACGAGAAGGUCAACGAACUCGAAACUGUCCUCCAAAAGCGCCAGCAGGAGAGGAACGAUUAUCGCCAACUAUUUCAAAAGUACUUCGAGACGCAGUCGAUGCUGGAGAUUAAAUUACAGCGCUUGUCCGUGGAGAUUCGACGCAGGGAUCGCGAGCUGAUCGCUCUGGAAGCGGAAAUCGAAAACGCGAGCUCGACGAACUCCGCGAACAAUGAGAACCUGCAAGCGGUGAGCAAAGAAAUCAAUGAAUCGAAAGAAGCCAUGCACGAUAUGAAAAUAGAGUUGGCGUGUUCCGAGGAAGUUCGAAAUCACCUGGAAGAAGUGUUUCAAAAAGAAAUCGCUAAUCUGCAGUUACGUUUGGGUAGUUUCGUGGCGAGCACAGGUUUCUUGAACCAGAUAUGCAAGGAGAACAAAUUCAACAAGGAGGAAGUCGAGGGUCUGAGACUGCAAUUGCUCGAGAGAGAAAAAGAGAUCGACCUGUUCAAAAGACACAAGGAUGAGAUGAUGAAUAAGUACGAACGUUUGGUGGAGCAGUUGCGUUUCGAGAUUGGCAAAAGGAAAGAUCAAUCGACGAAUGUUUCCAAGAGACACUCGAAAUUCGCUGGGACGAAAUGCGGAAAAUUUAAGUUUUCUCAUCUACCAAUGAUUAGAGGCAGAUCAGCUGCCUGGUUGCCUCGCACGAGUAGAAAAAUCGAUGACAAGGAAUCCGACUCGAUGGUCUCCAGGUGUUCGACUGGACAACAUCGAUGCGCUCGGUCCUUGCGCUCGUACUCGCAAGAUAAGACCGAAACGUUUGACACUAGCAGUAUGUGCAACACCGAGAGAUCAUAUUCGACAGAAGACAGUUGGGGGUUGAAGAACUUCGAGCUGCGUCAGACCCAGAGCGAUGCUUCCGACUCUUCGGAAGUGACCUGUAGAUGCGGUAUCGGCUUCAGGGAUGCUCGAAGGCUGAGGCGAAUGUCAGGCUGGAUGAGAGUGAGAAGAAUGGUCGCACAAACCGAGCUUUUGUGUCAAACGAGGAAGGAGCACGUCUGCAUCAACGAUUCCGAAACGGAGGUUACAUAA